CCGCGAGUGAGCGAGUCCACUGGCCCACGGCGGAUGACUCCGCUAGGGGGGUACUGCAAGCCAUCCUCGGUCUCCGGGGCAGCUCCGGGGAGCAUGAGGUAAGCAUCCAACACUACAAAAGCAAAAGCUGGUAGCCACACAGCCCCAUCCUGCCCAUGCACAAUGUCUUCCCUGCCCCCGCCCCGUCGCCUCGUCGCAGCCCACGCCACGGACGGCACCCCCGUCCUCCUCGAACACCACUUUCCCUCGGCCGACACCGACCCUGCCACACUCAAAGCCCAGGUACUCUUUCUCCAGCCCGACCUCGUCGCCAAGCCAGAAAAGGCGGUAGAGUGGGCUGAAGCAAGGCCGGACAAGAUCUCGCACGACGAUGCUAUCAGUGCGCGGUAUAUUGAUCUGCCUCCCAGCGCGGAUGGCUUUUUCCAUUUCACCCAGACUAUCGACUAUCUCGUGAUCACGCACGGCGAACUCGAGAUGGAGUUGCACGACGGGACCAAGACGACCGUCCAUCCUGGUGACCUAGUAGUGCAGGCUGCCAACAUUCACCGAUGGAACAAUCUCAAGCCAGAGUGGGCUCGCUUUAUCGCAUUUGUAGGUCCUUCCGAAGCGGUGAAAGUGGACGGAAAGGGGUUGGAGGAACCGCCUUUCAAUGGAUAUCUUGCCAAGUUUUAGAGAACAGAAAAGUCUCAAUGAAUCAGUGCACAACACAUA